UGCCAGAAGGUACAACUCUCAAACUGUAACACUAAAAUGAACAAGUGGAGCGGAGUAGCCAGUGUUGCUUACAAGCGGUGGAGAAAUCCUGAAUUGAGGAGUGAUGCAAAUUUUGUGGGUCAAUUCGAUGAGGUCCAGGGCACAGACAAUGAGAUCUGCACUGUUACAGCAGGAGUGGUCUCAGGAGACAGAGCGUCUGCAUCUGGGUCUGAUCAACCUGAAGAAAUCUUAACAGUAGAUGAUGCACUGGAGGCCAUCGGCUUUGGAAAGUUUCAGUGGAAAAUGUCUGCCCUCACUGGACUAUCAUGGGUGGGAGACGCCAUGGAGAUGAUGAUCCUCAGUAUUUUGGGCCCCCAGCUGCACUGUGAGUGGAGGCUGCCCGGCUACCAGGUGGCUCUCAUAACAUCGGUGGUGUUUAUAGGAAUGGUAUUCGGUUCACCUUCUUGGGGGAAUGUGUGCGACACGUACGGCAGAAAAGUGGGUCUGACCAUGUGUAUGUGCUGGUCGUUGUUUUACGGCCUGUUGAGCGCCUUCGCUCCAGUGUAUGGCUGGCUCUUGUUCCUGCGGAGCCUCGUAGGCUUUGGCGUCGCUGGAGCUCCGCAGUCGGUGACACUUUACUCAGAAUUCCUCCCUGUGAAGGCGAGAGGCAUGUGCAUCAUGAUGAUUGCGACAUUCUGGGCACUUGGUUCUGUGUUUGAGGUCCUCCUGGCAUUGUUUGUAAUGCCCACUCUUGGCUGGAGGUGGCUGCUCGGCUUGUCCACUAUACCAAUGGCAAUCUUCGUUUGCUUCUGCUUUUGGCUACCUGAAAGUGCUCGUUUCCAUGUGCUGACGGGAAAAGCAGAGAAGGCCAUGGCAACUUUAACACGCAUUGCUAACGACAAUGGCAAGGCCAUGCCGCGAGGGAAGAUUGUUGCGUGCCAACAGAAUAAUCGUCGACGGAUCAAAGAUCUCUUCACCCCUCAGUUUCGGAGGACUACUCUUCUUUUGUGGUUUUCCUGGUUUGCAAAUUCCUUCUCAUAUUACGGAAUAGUCCUGUUGACAACUGAGCUUUUCCAAGCUGGACAUACAUGUGCGGCGGCACACGGGGCCAAGAUUGAACCAAACUGUAGUCUGGAAUGCAAAUAUUUGACAUCAGCUGACUACAAAGACCUUUUAUGGACAACCUUGGCUGAAUUUCCAGGUCUUUUAGUUAUCCUUCUGUUAAUUGACCGCAUUGGCAGGAAGAAGAGCAUGGCUCUGUGUUUCUUCAUGUAUUCUGUGUUCAUUCUACCCUUAUUUGCUUGUCUUGACAGGCUGUCUGUUACGAUCUGCAUCUUUAUCGCCAGAGCCUUCAUCUCUGGAGGAUUCCAGGUUGCUUUUGUUUACACACCAGAGGUGUUCCCCACAGAGAUCAGAGCCUUUGCAAUGGGGACUUGUAGUGCGAUAAGCAGGCUGGGUGGCCUGAUCACCCCCUUUGUGGCACAGGUGUUGCUCCGGGCAUCACUGCCUGUGACCUUGUCACUUUACUGUGGCCUUAGUCUGCUCGGUGGCAUUGCAGCCUUGAUCUUACCCAUUGAGACGUUGGGCAGGAGUCUGCGGGAGACCAUUUCUGAUCAGGAGGCUUGAGAGCAGAUGAUCACCUCAACCAGCCAGUCAAAUGGUACAACACACUCCUCGGACAAGAGGUAAAACAAGCAGGAAGAAUUAAAUAAAAAUGGAAAAAGAGGCCAUUUUGUUACCUCCCAGGCUGCUGCAGAUGCCAUAGUUUCUUGUUUGACUGUGGACUGAAUCCUGUGAGCGAUGAUGGGUGAAAAACAACGAGGGACAAUCUCAUUACAGGCGGGGAGUGAUAAUUGAGGGUAGGCCUACUUCCCAUGUCUAAUGAGAGCGGAAGCACACUUGUGCUUGGACUGGUUUGUUUACUCUCUCGCCUAUCAAGCCCAUGAGAAGCAGCGGUGGGGCAUUACGAACAAUGAUGAUUCACUGUACGGGCUCUACUUAGAGCUACACACUUUAAGGAAUGGAGACGUUUAUUUUUUUACAUUUUGGAUAAAAAAUAUUUCUUGUAUUUAUUUAUAUAUGAAGCCAGGGUGCCUUUUGCUAAUAAGAGUUGUGCAAUAUGAUUUCAGCUCUAUUUUAAAUUUGUCAGUGAAUCUCAGUGCAUGUUUCCAUUCAUGGAUGGAUUACUGAACAGCCCACUGGGCACAAGCCCAGGGGCCCAGAUGUCAGGGGCCCAACUGUCCCUCACUUAAAAUGUCAAAUGACAAUUUAACACGAACCCACCAGGAAGAGACCCAAAAUGACCACAAAGAGACACAAAAAGACAACAAAGAGAUGCAAAGGAACUGUGAAGAGGACCAAAAACCUACACAUGGGCAAAACAACCACAAGGAGACAAAAGAUGACUACAAAGUGACACAAAAUGAACAAAAAAGACAGAGAGUU